GAAAGGAGAAAGAGAGAGAGAGAGAGAAGGAAGGAAGGAAGCUGUCAGAGGCAGCAGCUGAACACAUCGGCGGUGACCGGACGUGAACUUUAAAAUAUAGCCCACGACUUCAUCUUCCUUCAACAGAAAAAAUAAACAAACAGAAAAGACAUUUAGACGGCAGCAGCUACCACUCGAGACGCUUCAGUCAGUGAAAACAAGGAAGUAAACAACUCACUUGUUUUCUGCCGGCUUACUUCAGGACCUUUUAACCGACUACCUCAACGCUGCGUUUUUUCUUCUUCCCCUACCUCACUUUGCAUUAUGGAGCCAGAGCCAUCAGCUGCUAGCUGAGGGACGGGCUAGCAGGGUUUAUCUACAGAUCUCAGGUAUCGCUCACCCAGUUGUUGUGUAACACAGCUUUACCACCGUAACUCCCCUCUGGAAGGGGCAGCCUUUUGAGACAGCAAUGCUGCUCCAGGGGUUGUGAUGUCCCAGCCCUGCAAGGGACCUGAACCAGAGACCGAACAAGGGCCGAUUCCCAUAAACAUCCCUUUCUUUGUAAUUGGCUGUGAAGAUGAUGACCACGACAUGGGUCAGAUGGAGGCUGGAAUGAAGCGAGAGAUGUUUCGAGAGGAGGAUAUGGAGGACGAUGAAGAUGAGUCGCCGAUAGAGCGGCAGGUUGUUGUGGGCAUAUGUGCAAUGAUGAAAAAGUCCAAGUCAAAGCCUAUGACUGAGAUCUUGGAGCGACUUUGCAAGUUCGACUACAUUGAUGUGGAGAUUUUUCCAGAGGAGGUGAUCCUAGAGGAACCUGUGGAAAAAUGGCCCCUCUGUGACUGCCUGAUCUCCUUCCAUUCCAAAGGUUUUCCUCUUGACAAAGCUGUGGAAUACGUCAAGCUCAGGAAUCCGUUGCUCAUUAAUGACCUCAACAUGCAGUAUUUCAUUCAGGACAGGAGGGAAGUGUACCGGAUCUUACAGGAAGAAGGCAUCGAUCUACCUCGUUACGCCAUUUUAAAUCGAGACCCAGACAAUCCUGAAGAGUGUAGCCUAGUGGAAGGGGAGGACCACGUUGAGGUGAAUGGUGAGGUGUUCCACAAACCCUUUGUGGAGAAACCUGUUUGUGCAGAAGACCACAACGUCUACAUCUAUUACCCAACAUCUGCUGGAGGAGGCAGCCAGAGGCUCUUUAGAAAGAUUGGAAGUCGCAGUAGUGUUUACUCCCCAGAAAGCAGUGUGCGAAAGACAGGAUCCUACAUCUAUGAGGAGUUCAUGCCAACCGAUGGCACUGAUGUGAAGGUUUACACCGUUGGCCCAGAUUACGCCCAUGCUGAGGCCAGAAAGUCUCCAGCACUGGAUGGAAAGGUGGAGAGAGACAGCGAGGGGAAGGAGAUCCGUUACCCCGUCAUGCUCACAGCCAUGGAGAAACUGGUGGCUCGCAAGGUUUGCCUGGCAUUCAAGCAAACAGUCUGUGGGUUCGACUUACUCCGAGCCAACGGCCAUUCCUACGUCUGUGACGUGAAUGGCUUCAGCUUCGUCAAAAACUCCAUGAAAUACUACGACGACUGUGCCAAAGUCCUGGGGAUGGAGCUGCGUUGUGUUAUUGCCAUUAUCCGGCAUGGCGACCGAACACCAAAGCAGAAGAUGAAAAUGGAGGUCCGACAUCCGUUAUUCUUUGAUUUGUUUGAGAAGUAUGGAGGAUACAAGACAGGCAAACUCAAACUGAAAAAGCCAAAGCAGUUGCAGGAAGUGCUGGAUAUUGCCCGCCUGCUGCUGGUGGAACUAGGCCAACAUACCGACUGUGAGAUUGAGGAGAAGAAAUCCAAACUGGAACAGCUCAAGACCGUACUGGAAAUGUAUGGUCAUUUUUCAGGUAUCAACAGGAAAGUCCAGCUGACCUAUCUUCGAAACGGUCAACCUAAAGCCUCAAGCGAGGAAGAAGACUUUAAGAAGGAUGCUCCAUCCCUGCUGCUAGUUCUCAAAUGGGGUGGGGAGCUGACGCCAGCAGGCCGGGUUCAGGCUGAAGAGCUGGGCCGGGCUUUCCGCUGCAUGUACCCCGGAGGUCAAGGUGACUAUGCAGGAUUUCCCGGUUGCGGUCUCCUGCGCCUGCACAGCACUUACCGUCAUGACCUGAAGAUAUACGCCUCUGAUGAGGGAAGGGUGCAGAUGACUGCAGCGGCUUUUGCCAAGGGUUUGCUGGCUCUGGAGGGGGAGCUGACACCAAUUCUGGUUCAGAUGGUGAAAAGUGCCAACAUGAAUGGACUCCUGGACAGUGACAGUGACUCUCUGACUGACUGUCAGCAGAAGGUGAAGGCCAGGCUACAUGAGAUCAUGCAAAAGGACCAGGACUUUACACAAGAGGACUAUCAGAAGUUGGCCCCGACAGGAAGUCCAUCGCUAGUGAACUCAAUGAAGGUAAUAGAAAAUCCAGUCAGAACCUGUGACAAGGUAUACGGACUCAUCCAAAGCCUCACCUCACAGAUCCGAAAAAGACUGGAGGACCCUAAAUCUGCAGAUUUGCAGCUUUACCACAGCGAGACAUUAGAGCUGAUGCUGCAGCGCUGGUCCAAGCUGGAGAGAGACUUCCGCAUGAAAAAUGGGCGCUACGACAUCAGCAAAAUCCCAGACAUUUACGACUGCAUCAAAUAUGACUCGCAGCACAAUGCUUCGCUCAGCCUGGAGGACACAUUGGAGUUGUUCAGGCUGUCUCGCGCUCUGGCUGACAUAGUCAUCCCACAGGAGUAUGGCAUCAGUAAAGCAGAGAAACUGGACAUCGCUCAGGCUUACUGUGUUCCUCUGAUGAAGAAAAUCCAGCUGGAUCUGCAGAGGACUCAUGAGGAUGAGGCCGUUAAUAAACUGCACCCCCUGUAUUCUCGGGGAGUGAUGUCCCCUGGUCGUCAUGUUCGCACACGCCUCUACUUCACCAGCGAGAGCCACGUUCACUCCCUACUCAGCAUGUUCCGCUAUGGGGGACUUCUGAAUGAGGAGAAGGACCAGCAAUGGAAACAGGCAAUGGACUACCUAAGCGCUGUAAACGAACUCAACUACAUGACGCAGAUAGUCAUCAUGCUGUAUGAGGACAAUAACAAGGACCCAUCCUCAGAGGAGCGUUUCCAUGUAGAGCUUCACUUUAGUCCAGGCGUCAAAGGGUGUGAAGAUGAAGAGAAUGUGCCUCUUGGCUUUGGAUUCCGCCCCGCUUCAUCAGAGAAUGAAGACAAAAAAACUGAUCAGGGCAGUCUGGAGGACCUUUCUCAGGACCAGACAGAUGACGCACUUCCUGUUUCAGAGGCAAUAAACAUUCAGAGAAGAUCGCCCAUGAUUCGCAAUCGCAAGACAGGCUCCAUGGAGAGCGAACAGGAUCAGACUCCAAACUAUUCAGGCAAGAGUGCCUCUGCCCUCGGUGUGUCCUGUAGCGCCCCCAACCUGCGGGACUACGUCCGCACACACCACCACCACCGAAAGCCACCUCUGUCCCCCGGCAGUCUGCCAUGCAAGAUUGGCAUGUUUGGUAUGUUCACCGUGGUGUCUGUCCUCUUCCGUGGGGCGGACCUGUUCUCUAUGCUGGCAGUAAAGAGAUUUUCUGUGUCGUUUGCCAGGCAUCCGACCAAUGAUGAACUCCCUGAGUUAGCACUGCUUGGGUUAACCCCUCUCUCUGUGGAUGGAGCCAUGGCCCAUCACCUGCACCACUGUCCAUACCACCUUCACCUCCUCAGGACCUGGCUGAUGUGUGGUCAGGAGCUCCCAAAAUCUCUCCACGGUUUCGAAGGCUGCUCCAUGGUGCCUUCCAUCUACCCACUGGAGACGCUGCACAACUCGCUCUCCCUGAAACAGGUGGAGGAGUUCCUCAAGUCGGUGUGCGAAAGCAGCAGUGAGGCCCACGCCAAAACCAUGAGAGCUCUCUCUGGUUUGUUUGACUCUCAGAGCCAAACAUCUCUGUACAGCCCACUGCAGCCCCUGUCCUCCUCUGGAUCUGAGGCAUCUCUCCGCCCACCAAGCCAGCCUCUGUGGCAUGGCAGCAUCCCCUCCAGUGCUGUGUCCAGUGCUGGCCCCUCGUCUCCAACCACAGAGACCGGAGGUCUGAACUUCAGCUUUGGCGAUGUCGGCAGGUACUGA